AUGGCGGACAUAGCUUUUAUACAAGAAACUAAGCUGGGUUGUUUUCAUCACAAGUUAGCCGAGGAAUUGUGGGGUAAUGAAAUGGUGGAGUGGUCUCAUAUGGAGGCGAUUGGUGCUUCGGGUGGCAUAUUAACAAUGUGGAGGAAAGAUUUCUUUACUUUGUUAUUUAGUUUCCGGGGUGAGGGUUUCUUAGGAGUUUGUGUGGAAAAGGAGAAUAAAAGAAUGUAUUUUAUCAAUAUUUAUGCUUCUUGUGAUCACAUGGCUAGAUUGAAUUCUUGGAAGAUGUUAGUGGAUUUGAAAAGAAGGAGUAUAGAUGGUACUUGGUGUGUUGGAGGAGACUUCAACAUUGUUUCGUCUUUGGAGGAGAGGGUUGGAGUUUCUAAGAAGAAUUACAAAAGGGAGAUAGAAGACUUUAAUGAGUUCAUUAGAGAGAUGGAUUUGGUGGACCCUCCUACUAUAGGAGGGAAGUUCUCGUGGUCCAACAAGAGUGGUAGUGCGAUGAGUAGAUUGGAUAGAUUUCUUUUAUCGAAUUCAUUCAUCGAUGAUUGGAAUGUUGAAGGUCAAUCUAUAGGAGGAGUGGAAAAAAUAGAAGUGAAGGGGAGGGGGGAUUUUUGUCUAGUGGAGAAGUUAAAAGCUAUUAAAAGCAAGAUCCGCAUGUGGAAUAAGGAGGUUUUUGGUUGGAUUGAUCUUAACAUUGAAGUAGCGGGGAAGGAGAUGCACUUUUUAGAUAACAAGUUUGCUCAUUUUGCAGGUAAUGUUCCGGAGGAGAUAGUUGUUCAAAGGUCUAAGGCGGCCAUAGACUUUUAG